UGAGGAAGUCGCAAGAUGGCUGACAUCGCUUGAAAGUAUGUCUCCUUCCUCAACAUGAAGUCGUGAGUGUGGAAGAAAGCGAGGGAGGCACCAUCGGCCGUUUGUUUUUAAUUAACUUUUUAAUUUUUUUUAUUUCUGCCGUUAAUUUCUCCAAACAUCCAUUUCAUUUCGCGUCGUCUCUGUCCCAGAGUUGUCUUUGAGAGUUGACGCGUCAAGUCACGCCGGGGACCCAGCUCGCUACAGCGGUUAACGUUAGCCAGCGAGAUAGCUGGUUAGCUAGCUAACUAAAUCAUAUUGUUAUUAUCCCAUCGGCCUGCUAACUAGCACGUCUCAUUAAUUUGAAAUAGUCUAACUGUUCUAAUAUCAAUAUACUGUCAGAUUAAGAAUUACUCGACCGUCAUGUUCGCCAACUAAUGCGCAACGUUUCUUCGUGUGAAUCAGGAUUAUAAUUUUGGAGUAAAUCAUACCAUUACUAUAGUUAGCCACUAGCCAUAAUCAGUUAUCAACAUUUCAUGUGUUAUUACCUAGCUAGCUAGCUGGUCAGAGGGGAAGUUAAACUUUAGCCGGAAAAUUACACUAGCUGGCUUUGCUGGCAGUUGACCAAAAUACUGCUAGGGAUGGACACACAAUUGCACUCACACAACCAAAUAUAGAAGAUUGGCUUUGCACACUAACUAGUUAGCUAGCUUUCUUACUUGCUGUUAGGAAGUACACCUCUCGGCCUGGCCAACUAGCGUACUAGGCUAGUUUGCCUUUGCAGGGUUGGUCACUCGUAUCAGAGUUGAGGGUGGCAGCAGCUAGGUGCAGCAACAGUCGUUCAGUCAGUCACACAGAGAGAUACGUUAGCUCGCUGCCAGGUUCUAGCGAGUUACAGUCUCGACUCUCACAUCAGCUAUCACCACGGCGUUCCGAACGUACCCGGAGCCCCCCUCCCCUGGCCAGACCCACCGGCUCAACAACACCGGGAUGGGUGUGCAGGGCUUCCAGGAGUAUCUUGAGAAACGGUGUCCCGGGGCAGCUGUCCCCGUGGACCUCCUCAAACUAGCCCGUACACCGGGCCGCCAGCCCCCGCACCACCACCCCCAUCACCCCGGCCCUAUGCCUCCUCCACCCCCGGCCCGGAUACUCAUCGAUGCUGACUCCGGCCUGCAGCGGCUGUACGGCGGCUACCAGACGGACUGGGUGUGCGGCGGGGAGUGGAACGCCAUGCUGGGAUACCUGUCCGCUCUGUCCCAGGCCUGUCUGUACCAGGGUGGGCUUGAGCUGGUCGUGGUGUUCAACGGGACCCUGGGGAAGGAACGGUGGCCAGAGUGGGCGCGCCGGGCCCAGGGGCAACGCCAGACAGCCCAGCUCAUCGUCAAUCAUGUUGGCAGCAAGGCAACUCCGCCUCCCCGUGCUUGGUUCCUGCCCCCAGCCUGCCUCAGCCACUGUGUCCGCCUCGCCAUGUUUCGCUUCAGAGUGCGGGUUGUCCAGACGUUGGAGGACCACCACCAGGAGGUGCUGUCCCUCUACAGGGACUUUGGUUUCUGCGGCCUGAUCGCCCAGGACUCAGAGUUUGCCCUCUGCAACGUGCCUGCCUACUUCUCCUCGCAUGCCCUCAAACUGUCCUGGAACGGCAAGAACCUGACCACCCACCAGUACCUGCUCUCUGAAGCAGCCAGACAGCUUGGUCUGAAGACACAACACCUGCCCUGCUUCACUGCACUGCUCGGGAACCAUAUUCUCCCUGAUGAGGACCUGGCUGCCUUCCACUGGAGCCUUUUAGGACCAGAACACCCCCUGGCCUCACUCAAGGUGCGUGCCCACCAGUUGGUGCUGCCUCCCUGUGAGGUGGUUAUCAAGGCGGUGUCAGAGUACGUCUCCUCCAUUAAAGACCUGGGGAACCUCGACGUUAUCGCCAGAGACGUCUUCAAACAGUCACAGUCUCGUAUGGAGGACAAGGUGCAGCGUUUUAAGAGAGCUGUGGAGUAUUUCUCAGCUGCCUCUAAACCCCGCCCACUCUCCAUGGGAACCUCCCCCUACCUCUUGCCAGGGUUUGGGCCGGCUCCGUUUGGUGGACCUCCUGGCCACAUGGGGGCGAUGCAGACUGUAAAGACCCAGUACCCCCUCCAGGGUGUAAAGCCACCUUAUCAGAAUGAUCCGUACGGACCAGGCACCACCCCUCUGUUCCAGAACCCCCCACCUCCCCUGCAGGACUGCAACGAUUCACUGGCAGGGAAAAUGGCCUUCACCGAUUGGUCAGCUCCAUAUGACCAGGGAGGAAGUAGAUUACCGAAUCACCAUGCGGCCGCUCCCUCUGGGCCCUCCCCGUCUCCUUCAUCAUCUUCUGAUGGAGAUGAACCAAACGACAGCAGCAACCAUCUGCCAGACAAGUCCUCCAGAUGGGACGAUCCGUCCUGUCGAGGGGGCGGAGGUGAUGGUUCCCACGGUAACAUUCCAUCACUGUUGUCGAUGGCGACGCGGAGUCACAUGGACAUAACCACGCCCCCUCUGCCUCAAGUCAGCGCUGAGGUGUUGAGAGUAGCAGAACACAGACACCGCAGAGGACUGAUGUAUCCAGAGAUAUACCACUUACUGACCAAGGGAGAGAUAAAGAUGGCGGUGUGUAUAGAAGAUGAUUGUAACAGUGAACUGCCUCCAGCCUCUCUGCUGUUCAGAGCAGCCAGACAGUACAGCUAUGGGGUCCUCUUCAGCCUAGCCGAAACACACCGACGCCUCGAGAGACUCGCCAUGCGCAACAGAGGACCCCUCGAAGUUCCUCCAGUGAUAGUGAAGGAGUGGUCCAGUGGGAAGUCGAAGUCGGCCCUGACCCCGGAGCUGGUUCCAGCGCUGUGCUUCAGAGAGUGGACCUGUCCUAACCUGCGGAGGCUGUGGCUUGGUAGAGCCAGUGAAGAUCGCUCCCGGAGGACCAGAGCUUUCCUAGCCUGUCUGCGCUCUGACUGUCCUGCCUUACUCAACCCUGCUCAGGUCCCACAACACCUUCUGCUCAUGUGCUGCGUGCUCAGGUAUAUGAUGCAGUGGCCAGGUGGUCGUAUUCUACAGAGACAUGAGUUAGAUGCCUUCCUGGCCCAGGCAGUCUCUAACCAGCUCUACGAACCAGACCAGCUACAGGAACUGAAGGUGGAGAAGGUAGAUGGUCGGGGAGUGCAGCUGGCGUCUCUCUUCAUGGCGGGCGUGGACACGGCUCUGUUGGUCAACGAUGUGUGUGGUCAGCCGUUACCAUGGGAACACUGCUGCCCCUGGGGCUUCUUUGACGGGAAACUCUUCCAGACCAAACUGGCCCGUGCCGCCCGAGACCGCCAGGCUCUGCUCGACAUGUGUGAAGGACAGGAGGAGCUGGUGUCUCGUGUGGAGAAGAUGCGUCAGGCCAUCCUAGAGGGCAUCAACUUCUCUCGUCCUCCUCCCCCUCCUCCUCCUCUCCCCCCUCCUUCCUUCCUGCCCCCUCCCCCCUUCUACCCUCUGCCUCCCCUCUACCCUCCCCGACCCAUGGGCAACAUGCCACACCACCACCCUCAACAUCCUCACCCUCAUCACCACUCACACCCAGCCCAGCAUAGACCCAGAGCCUUCCCAGGUCUGCAGUCGAUCCCCCCCCAGGGAGGGAAGUUGGAGAUAGCCGGAAUGGUGGUGGGGCAGUGGGCCGGGAACAAACCACUGCGUGGCAGAGGGGGAUUCAACAUGCAGGUGGUGUCAGUCGGGGCUGGGAGAGGAAGGGGUAAGGACAUCCCAGUGAAAGGAGGGCGAGGAGGUAAAAAGGUGACUGCCAACAGAAUAAAGACCUCACCCCCUCCCCCUCCACCAGCCCCCCCAAGUCCUCUGAGGGUGACGGUCUUAACUCUGGGGGUGUGGCCCAGAAGCUGAACGGCAGCCCUGCAGCCUCCGCUAUUGGCCAGCCUUUGGAUCUUCCCCCACUGGCCCAGCCAAACCCGUGUGCCUUAGCCAGCAAAGACAACCAAUCA